AUGCGCAUCCCUAAGAGAGAGAUAGCCGCCGGCCUCAACCGCGGCCUGCACUCGAGCGCCAGACCAGCCGCCACCGCCCGUCCCCUGCUGCGAGCCUUUCACCAGACCUCGCCCGCCCUCCGUCCUCGACAGCGCUCCUUCUUCACCUCCAACCCUCUCCUAGCCAAGGACGCCAACGAGAAUGGCCUCAGUGCGCCCACUUCACACUCCCAGCCCCUCCCAGAUGGCCAUCCAACCGCCCGGUCGAGCGGCAAGAAGAAGUCGGCAAAGGCGUCUGCCGGCCCCAAGAAGUCCCUGAGCAAUCCCCUCCGUCGCGUCGUCAGCAUCGCCCAGCGGCCUGGCCGCAAGCCUGUCAGUGACGCCCGGGACGGCGGGCCCGAGAUCGAGCAGCUCGAGGAAGACCCCAGCACCAAGAUCAGGGCCGUGUGCGUCGCCGAGGCCUUCGACAUGGACCUCGUCGUGCGCAUCCUCACUGAGCACUGCUACCAGCUCGACCCGGACGGCCUGGGCUUCGACACGGCCGACGUCGUGCACGCCCGCACCCUGGGCCGCGGCGGCGACGGCGACGUCUUCGUCUUCCCCUCGGGCACUGUCGUCACCUGGGGCCUGCCCGCCGACGUCGGCAUCAACAUGGCCCAGGGCACCCUGCUGCGCGCCGCCCACAACCACGACCUCGAGUCGGCCGAGCGCGAGAGCCUCGACUUCGAGACCGACGCCGCCAUGACCACUAGCACCAUGCGCCGCGACCGCGUCAUCCUCGGCACCAAGGAGCCCGACGAUGCCGACGCCACCUACACUUACUACCCCACCCUCGCCAAGAUCGCCUUCUCUUCGGGCUUGGCUCGCAGCACUAAGAUCGCCUUCCUCGAGGCCCUGCUGAGCGCCUACUUCAAGCGGACAAAGGACAUCCCGACGCAGCUGCUCGAGGGCCGGCUGGCGGUGCGCAAGAAGUUCAUCCUGCAGCGCACGGGGGAGCUGCUGGAGCUGCGGUCGCAGCUCAACCUCUACUCGGAGCUGACCGACUCGCUGCCCGACAUGUUCUGGGACCAGGACUCGGAGCUGCGCCUCGAGCAGAACUACGAGCAGGUCGGCAGGGCCCUCGACGUCCUCGACCGCAUCAAGCUGCUCAACCAGCGCAUGGACUACGCCCAGGAGAUGGCCACCGUCAUGCGCGAGAUGUGGGACACGGACCACGAGGCCUUCCUCGAGAAGAUCAUCAUCGCCCUCAUCUGCAUCGAGGUCCUGUUCGAGAUGCGCCGCAUCUUCGUCGAGUACAAGGAGUCCUGGCAGAGAGAGGACCAGGUCGCCGCCGCCCUCGAGAGGGCCAGGAUAUGA